AUGACUAUUUACAGCUCCGAUAUCAAGGUGGAUAUCCCACUUGACCUAAACCUUACCGAGCUCCUCCAUUCCAGUGCACAGUCUCCUCCAGUGCCUGGCAGCCACAUCGUUUUCGAAGAUGACUUGGAAGGCCGGAGUCUGAGCCUAGAUGGCCUUCGGAGGAACGCUGGUGCACUAGCGCACACAUUGCACUCGCGUUAUAACCCACGCGAUCAAAGCCGAUGGGCUCUGAUCUUGCCGAAUUGUGUCACCAUUAUCGAAGCUUUUCACGCGGUGCUCUGGCUUGGUGGAGUGGUCUGCCCCAUCAACCACCAGCUGCCUGCUUCGGACAUCAGUCAUGCAUUGGCAGUCACUAAGCCCGAAUAUGCCAUCGUCUACGCACCCGUUGUCCGCAAGGUGGAGGAAGCCAUCGAAGCCGCGAGACGAAAAGAUCCAAAUGCAUCCGCGCCACAGAUCAUAGUGGUUCUUGACGAGAGCCAUUCUCACUAUCCCACCUUGCAUCAGGGCUUCUCCGCCCACAAGAUUCUCCCUGUACCCCAUUACAACAGCACGGAAGAUCGCUUGGCGAGUAUCCAUUUGUCUUCAGGCACGACUGGCCUUCCCAAGGGGGUCAAGCUCUCGCACUUGAACUAUGUCGCCAAUGUCUACCAGCUUCAGAGGCAUGAUCCUGAUCGUUGGUCUCCAGAAGAGUCCGUGCUCUCGAUCACUCCCUUUGUGCAUCUUGCCAACGGCACGAUUCCAUUCUUUCUAGGACCGUGGACGGGCAUGCGACACAUAAUCAUGACCUCGUUUGACGUCGAGCAGCUUGGGAGGACGGUGCAGAGAACGAGACCUACCACGAUUCAAAUGGUGCCCGCUAUUGCUCGUCUCUUUUUCCAGAGAUAA